AUGGAGCUGCAUGGGACGCCGCUGCUCCGCCGGCUCCAGGUGUCGACGCCAACGACCAUCAACGGAAACCUGGCCAUCUACAUCUACAUCUUCCUCGGCGCCAUGGUGUUUGUGGGCGUCAUGAGCCUCUUUGCGUACUGCUACCACCAGCGCCGCCUCCAGCGCUACGUUGAGAACGACAAUCUCAACAACAACAUGCAGCGCCACUCGCUCAUCGACAGCUUCCUCGAGAACGGCGAGUCCGAAUGGCAGUGCUCCAUCUGCUACCACGACAACCACCCGGCGAAGCGCGAGUGUCUUCUCUGCGGCACGCCUCAAGUCGUCUCGCAGCAAGCCGUCACGACGCCGAGAAUACGGGCUAACGGCGCGACGUCGCCCGACGAGAACAGCAACCUCCAGCUCGCGCGGCAGCGGUCGUUUCACGUGCGCCGCCUCAACGAAAUGCAAGACAACAUGCAUUUGAACCAGCGACAACGCGGCGCGCGCCGCCGCAACCUCUGGAAGCGCGAGAAGGGCGACGACGGCCAGCUGCGCUGGGUGCGCAUUGAAGAUUGCAAGCCGCGCGUAAGCGUCCUCGCGGCCACGGCCACCAACACGUCGUCCGAAUCGUCGUCGGACGCACCCGAGCGGUACCUCUUCGACAUGCAGGCACGCACGUCGUUCUCUCAGACGACGGACGGCGACAGCGUCGAGACCGAGCUCCGCGUGACGUCCAAGCCGUCGCUGCCAUGCAUCCCCCUCGUGACCCAGGAUUCGACGGGCUAUGUGCGGGACAUGGAUGCCUCCGGUGCGGUUCUCUGGGUGCCCGCCGACUCGGUGCGCAUGUCGGAGGCGAUUCAAAUCGACACGGACGAGUUCCCGCGCGCGUCGUCCAUGAUCGACUUUGAGUUUGUCGCGUCGCUGCCCUUUCGGCACAAGGUGCGCUGGUUUCUUCAAGAGCUCGACAAGGUGGCCGUGCCAUGGGAAGAAGGCCACCUCCUCCUUAAGAUUCGGCGCGACGCUGUCUUGGACGAAUCGCUGCAUCUGCUCAUGCUCGUGCCGGCGUCGGACAUUCGCCAACGCCUUCGCAUCGAGUUCAUCGAUGAGCCAGGUCUGGACGCGGGCGGUCUUCUCCGGGAGUGGGUGCUCUUGCUCUGCGAACGGCUCUUUGACGAGUCGUAUGGGCUCUUCCAGGCCACGCACGUCGAGAACCUCGGGUACUGGCUCAACACGAACGCGGCGCAGCUUCGGGACGACCACCUCAAGUGCUACGAGUUUAUCGGUCGUCUCAUCGCCAAGUGUCUUUUGGAAGGCCAGCUGCUCACGGUGCAUUUCGCGCUGCCGCUGCUCAAGCACAUUUUGGGCGUCCCGAUUUCGUUUUCGGACCUCGAGUUUCUCGACGAAGAGCUGUGCAAGAAUGCCAACUGGCUGCGCACCAACAGCAACGUCGAGAACCUCUGCUUGGACUUCACCGUGCAGACGCUCGACGCCAACGGAAAGCCUCUGCCGCCGAUCGAGCUCAAGCCCAACGGCGCGUCGAUUCCCGUGACGGAUGCCAACAAGGACGAGUACCUCAUCUUGCUCUUGAAGCACUACAUGUUUGAUUCGGUCCAAGACCAGAUCACGGCGCUGCUCAAGGGCCUCUACGACGUCAUUCCGCGCAACCUCCUCUCGGUCUUUGACUACCAAGAGCUCGAGCUCCUCAUCUGCGGCGUGCCCAACAUUGACGUGGACGACUGGGAGCGCCAUGCCGACGUCAAAUACCAGGAUUUCGACCACCCGACGAAGCUCGAGAAGCGCGUCGUCGAGUGGUUUUGGAUUGUGGUGCGGGACUUUACGCAGGAGCAGCGCGCGCGCCUCCUGCAGUUUGUCACGGGCACCUCGCGCGUUCCUGUCGAGGGCUUCAAGGGCUUGCUCAGCAACGACGGGCGUGUGCGCCGGUUCGGCGUCCAGGUGGUCGCCCGGGGGGUGCCCCCCACGGGGUUGUACCCGAAAGCGCACACGUGCUUCAACCGCAUCGACGUACCGAUGUACGACUCGAAGGAAGAGCUCGCAACGUACUUGACGCUCGUCAUCAACAUGGAAAUCACGGGCUUUACGAUGCAAUGA